CCAGGCACUGUGUUCACCCCCACUGCCAUGUGGGAACUUCGUUCUGCCUCCUUUUGGAGGGCCAUAUUUGCUGAGUUCUUUGCCACCCUCUUCUAUGUCUUCUUUGGGCUGGGAGCCUCGCUACGUUGGGCCCCCGGGCCCCUACACGUCUUGCAAGUGGCUUUGGCCUUUGGCCUGGCCUUGGCUACAUUGGUGCAGACUGUGGGUCACAUCAGUGGAGCCCAUGUCAACCCUGCGGUCACUUUUGCUUUCCUUGUGGGCUCCCAGAUGUCCUUGCUCCGGGCUUUCUGCUAUAUAGCAGCCCAGCUUCUGGGAGCCGUGGCUGGGGCGGCUGUGCUGUACAGCGUCACUCCACCAGCUGUCCGAGGAAACCUAUCGCUCAACACGCUGCAUGCUGGGGUGAGCGUGGGCCAGGCCACCACUGUGGAGAUCUUCCUGACGCUCCAGUUCGUGCUCUGCAUCUUUGCUACAUACGACGAGAGGCGGAAUGGCCGCAUGGGCUCUGUAGCCCUGGCUGUUGGCUUCUCCCUCACCCUGGGGCACCUCUUUGGGAUGUAUUACACUGGUGCGGGGAUGAACCCAGCCCGCUCCUUCGCUCCUGCCAUCCUCACCCGGAACUUCAGCAACCACUGGGUGUACUGGGUGGGCCCGAUCAUCGGAGGGGGCCUGGGCAGCCUACUCUAUGACUUUCUCCUCUUCCCCCGGCUCAAGAGUGUUUCUGAGAGACUGUCUAUCCUGAAGGGAGCCAGACCCAAUGACUCCAAUGGACAGCCAGAGGGUACAACAGGGGAACCUGUCGAACUGAAGACUCAGGCCCUGUAAAAGCUCCAGUUGGAGAGAGAGGCAGAAAGCCGCUGGGUUUCAGGGAGGGCCAAACCGGCCCUUGGAUGAAGAAAGAGACUGUGGGGAGGGGCAUGUACUUCUUUAUUUUUUAACUUACGUUUUUCAUUUUUUUUUCCCUUUUGCUGUGUGAAAUCUUUUAAGUUGCAUUCACGA